AUGCACAAGGUCAGAAGCCCUCUUCUGCCCGCAUGCAAGAAUGUGAACGGCGGCGCCAACAUUAUUGUCAACAAGGACAACGUCAACGUACAUGAAUGUGCCACACCCUUUGAAGCAACUUGCCAACCAACCAUGUGUCUUGAAUCCGCUAGAGCCGGUGCUGGUGAAACCGGAUCAUCCUCAAACAUUGUUGAUGCAGCUGUUCGAGCUGCGUUGCGAGUCAAUGUUCCCCAGGGAUCCGCAUUGUGUGCUGAUGCAUUCGAUCUCAUGAUGGCCGCUCUGCCGUUGCCUAUCAUCCACCACAGCCUGAGGGUCUAUCUAUUGGCCAAUUGGUUGGCCGGAAAAGAGCAGAGUAGGUGGGCGGACAGUGUGUCUUUGUUUGUUGCAUGCAUCUGCCACGAUUUUGGUGCAUCCCGUCUACAUGACGGUCCACAGCGUUUCGAGGUAGAGGGUGCAGAUGUCGCGGCGGACCUCCUUCGGAAGCAUCACGAGUCCGAGCAAGACGCCCAUGAGGUCUGGACAGCGAUAGCGCUGCACACCUCUCCGGGCAUAGCUGAGCGCAUCACUCCAUUAGCGAGGCUUGUCAGACUCGGCGUCCUAAUAGAUUUCCGGCCUCCAACACGACAAGAGUUGGACGCCGUAUCAUUUGCAGAAGGAAUCGAGUCCAAGUUACCACGACUUGAUAUUGAGAUGAUACUUGGAGAUGCCGUUGUUGAACAGGCUGUGCGCAAUCCGAAGAAAGCGCCUGCAGCCUCGUGGCCAGGCAUUCUCUACAAGGCAUAUCUAGAAAAUCCUGAGAGGCGAGGAGUCAAUCCUGCCUUUUAGGCCCCUCGAGAUCAUCCAUCCGUACGGGAUAGUGGACCCCAACCUCGCUACGGCGUCUGCCCGUCUUCACAGUUGCAACCUUCUGCCGAUCGCUCCAAAGCAGAUACUUGUACAAAACAAGAUGCUCGCCAACCAAGUAUAUACGCCGAACUGUUCAGACACCAUCUGCUGAUGAAUCGCCGGGACGGGGACAAAGUUUGGAUCAACCAGCAACAGAAUCAAAGUGCCAGCAAUGCUAACUAUCGCGGAAAAGGCAAAGCCAGGCAAUGAUCGGUCGAUCAAGUACCAUAGGGCAGGGUUGGCCAGAGCCAAAGUCAAUGCUACUUGCAAGGUCGAUUGCCAUGGGAGUCGUCUCUGUGUUAUAGUCAGUCGGUGAUCAGUCAAUUUUGGUGGACAUGUGCAGGCUUACCACUGCGAAGGCAAUGCCUACGAAGACUCCGAUGCUUCUCACAGCAGAAUACCAUAUCGGACCAAGACCACCGUCCGAGGCAUCUGUUUCAUCCGACCCCCCAGCAGCUGAUUUUGUGUUCGAAAUGGCCUGCUUUUUGUUUGUA